AUGGCAUCAACGAACAGCUUUGGGGAGCUGGGUCUCUCCAUUCUCGGGGUGGCGUCACAGUACCCCCCAUAUGGGCUGAAGCCCAACGAGGUCGAUGCCCUGGCUGAGAAGUACUAUCCAGAUAGUCCGGCCAUGAAGAAAGUCCUCUCUAUCAACCGGUACACGGGAAUCGACACACGAGCCUCGAUCGGCACAUCCACGCACCCGCUCGUCAAUGCCGACCAAGCCCCCUCCAUCGCCGAGCUUCACCGCACAUUCAUGUCCGACGGGGUGCCAUUGGCCGUGGACGCGUCGAGGAAAGCCAUCGCCGAGGCUGGCGUAGACCUCUCCGAGAUCACGCAUGUGGUUGCGACCACUUGCACAGACAGCGCAAACCCGGGGUUCGACCACUUCGUGGUGAAGGCACUCGGCAUCACACACCAGGUUGAGAAAGUCCUGUUACACGGUGUCGGAUGCAGUGGGGGCCUGGCGACUCUGCGCACAGCGGCAAAUCUGGCCUUGGGCCACACUGCAAGGCGGAAACCGGCCAGGAUCCUGUGUGUCGCGCUCGAAGUCAGCACCACCAUGGUGCGCAGCGAGCUUAACAGCAUCAACGAAUUACAAGAGACGCGCAUAGGGGUAUGCUUAUUCUCAGACUGCGGUAGCGCAGUGGUGCUCAGCAACGGUAUUGGCAAGCCAACAGCACCGCCCGUCUAUGAUCUUCUUGGCUGGGAGCACAAGGUUAUACCCAAUUCCGAGGAGGACUUGGGAUUCGAUGUAGAUCCAGUGGGUUGGAAGGUGGUCCUAUCUCCCCGCGUGCCAAGACUGGCGGCAGGCGUUCUUGUGCCGACCUUUGCAGAGCUCAUGCGCGAUGUACCAGACAUGGGGCCUGAGUACCAGGAAGCUGCCGACUUCGACUGGGCCAUGCACCCUGGAGGUGCGACCAUCUUGACGGGUGCCGAGAAGUCCAUGUCCAUAAGCCCUGAGCACAUGCGUGCCAGCUACGAUACCUACAUCAACCACGGCAAUUCCAGCUCUGCCACGAUUUUCAGCGUCAUGGAUCGAUUACGGUCCAAAGACAUGGAUGCGAUCGCAGUAGGUGGCCGUGUGAGAGAUUACGUGGUUGGCUGCGCAUUCGGUCCGGGUAUCACGGUUGAAAUGUGCAUGCUGAAGCGGAACCUAGGCGCAUGCGGGAUCAGUGGUCUUCAAACUCCCCCGGAGAGUGAUAGCGACGGGGGCAGAAGCGAGCCGGACGAAUCAUCAGAUUGGGCCAGCAUCGACCCGAAGGAGUCGGUACCUGACUCUCCAAAGUCCGAGUACGCAGGCAGUUCAGCCUCGGCCUCGGGCUCUGAAGAAUUCAUAGCUGAGGCACUGGCCAGCGUGGAGCUCGACUGA